CUCUCUCUCUCUUAAUAGUUAAUUCUCUCUCUUCACUGUUGAUUUAUUUUUAUAUAAAUUGUGAUUGUUUCUCUCUCAACAAGUGAUGUAGAGAGACGAGGCUAUUUUAUAUAAUGAAGCGUUGAGAUUUAAAUGCUAUUGGUUGGUGAUUCAAAUGCUCGGAUCUGCUGGUGGUAAACGGUCUGAUGGCCUCCAGCUUAAAGAAUUCAGAAAGCAAGAAGCUUGUAAUCCACUGUUUUGUUGUCUAAGAAUUAUAUGUGAAUUGAAAGGUCUUUUAUGGGGUAAGAAUUAGGGGCGAAAUGGUUUUACAUGUCAAAUACUUAAGGACAUGGAGGAGACACGAGAUGAUGCAGGGUCGGUGGAGCAAGGACCUCCAAAUGCUACAUGGUGGACUCAAGAUUUUAUGGAAAAAUUUGCAUCCGUUUCUUUUGGUUCUCAAGAAGAGAGUUUAAGUAAUAAAGAAUCACCUACAAAUUUUGAGCAAGAUGGAUUUUCAUCGCAGACAGCAUCACAAAUUCUCUGGAGCACUGGGAUGCUCUCUGAUCCAAUUCCAAAUGGUUUCUAUUCUGUCAUCCCGGAUAAAAGGCUGAAGGAACUUUUUGAUAAUAUUCCUUCUCUAGACGAGCUUCAUGCACUGGGGGCUGAGGGCUACAAAGCCGAUAUUAUUCUUGUGGAUGCUGAGAAAGAUAAAAAGCUGUCCAUGCUGAAGCAGUUGAUUUUGGCAUUGGUGAAAGGAUUGAACUCAAAUCCAGCUGCUAUGAUAAAAAAGAUUGCCGGAUUGGUAUCUGAUUUUUAUAAACGACCAAAUUUGGAAAGUCCAGCAAAAGCUGCACUUGAGGAAAACUCCCAUAUGUUUGAGACUCGAGGUGUCCAAUUGCUAGGGCAAAUAAAACAUGGUUCAUGCCGUCCUCGAGCUAUCAUGUUUAAAGUUCUUGCAGAUACUGUUGGUCUAGAAAGUAGGCUCAUGGUGGGGUUACCAAAUGAUGGAGCUGUUGAAUGUGUAGACUCAUAUAAACACAUGUCUGUUAUAGUUGUGUUGAAUUCUGUGGAGUUACUGGUUGAUCUCAUGCGAUUCCCUGGUCAGCUAAUACCUCGCACAACCAAGGCAAUUUUUAUGACCCAUGUCUCAGCUGCAGGGGAGAGCGAUUCUGCUGAAAAUGACUCCUGUGAUUCACCUCUAGAGCCGAACAGUCCUCUAUAUGGGUUUUCAGAGAGAGUGGAUCCUGACAGUGCUGAAAAAGAUGAGAGCCUUCAGUUCCAUCGGAAAUUAGAAGCAUCUUCAAAUAUCUCGGGUCCUUCAUUACGAAAUAUGAUGUUGCGACCCACCACCUCCAUGGAAAGGAAAUUGAGUUUAUCACAUAGUGAACCCAACAUUGCUACUACAUUUUGGCGGCGGAGCCGGAAAAAGGUCAUUGCUGAACAACGGACUGCUAGUUCAAGUCCAGAGCAUCCUUCUUUUCGAGCACGUGGACGAUCCAUGCUUAGUGGAGACAGAAAUUCACUUGGAGAUUUCUCUGAUGAAGUAUCCACAUCAAGCUACAGGUCAGAAGGCGCGUCAACAUCAGAGGCUCGUAGAAUGAGAAGAAGAAGCAUUAGCAUUACCCCAGAGAUUGGUGAUGAUAUCGUAAGGGCUGUGCGAGCAAUGAAUGAAACCUUGAAGCAAAAUCGUCUUUUGCGAGAAAGGGAGGAUGAUAGGUCCUUCACCCAUUCUUCGAAUGAUCGAGACAACCCAGAUCUUCAAAAAAAUGUAACAAAUUUAGCUCUCAGCGGUCAUCAUGAUAUAUCUGGUGGAAGGUCUGCAUUAUAUAAUUUUUCCUGUAACCAAAUGAAUUCUCAGAAGGCUAUAUCAUUGCCUUCAUCUCCCCAUGAAUAUAGGACUCAUGCUUCUGAGAGAGGUGGACCUUCUGCCUACAUGGUAAAUGCUGAAUUGGUCUCAACAUGGAAUAAAAUUCUUGAAUCUCCCAUGUUCCAAAAUAGGCCGCUGUUACCUUAUGAAGAGUGGAAUAUUGAUUUCUCUGAAUUAACUGUUGGGACUCGUGUUGGUAUUGGGUUUUUUGGAGAAGUUUUCCGUGGUAUAUGGAAUGGUACAGAUGUUGCAAUCAAGGUUUUUUUGGAACAAGAUCUAACUGCUGAAAAUAUGGAAGAUUUUUGCAAUGAAAUAACCAUUCUUAGCCGCCUUCGGCAUCCUAAUGUUAUCUUAUUUUUGGGUGCAUGCACGAGGCCUCCACGCUUGUCAAUGGUUACUGAAUACAUGGAGAUGGGAUCCUUGUAUUAUUUGAUCCAUUUGAGCGGUCAGAAAAAGAAACUUAGUUGGAGGAGAAGACUCAAAAUGCUGCGUGAUAUAUGCAGGGGAUUGAUGUGCAUACACCGGAUGAAGAUUGUUCACCGUGACCUGAAAAGUGCAAACUGCCUUGUGAACAAGCACUGGACUGUGAAGAUAUGUGAUUUUGGGCUCUCCAGAAUAAUGACGGACUCACCCAUCAGAGACUCCUCAUCUGCAGGAACUCCAGAAUGGAUGGCUCCUGAACUUAUUCGUAAUGAACCAUUUACAGAAAAAUGUGAUAUUUUUAGCCUUGGGGUGAUAAUGUGGGAGCUAUGCACUCUAAAUAGACCAUGGGAAGGUGUACUUCCGGAGAGGGUUGUUUAUGCUGUUGCAAAUGAAGGUUCCCGCUUGGAUAUUCCUGAAGGUCCUCUGGGCAGGCUGAUUUCAGACUGUUGGGCGGAACCACAGGAAAGACCGAGCUGUGAGGAAAUACUUUCUCGUUUGUUGGACUGCGAGUACUCACUUUGCUGAGAAAAUCUCCUUCUGUAUAGAAAACAUGGUAGAGUUGUUACAAUGUAUUUCGGCUUCGUAAGUUGUAAACUAUCAUGAUUUUCCAAUAAUUGUAAAACAGUUUUAAGGCAUAGAAUGUUUCGUUUUUCAGUUUUCGUUG